AUGUACGAGGCUGCCAAACUGCUGUAUAGCAACGUCUCUAACUUUGCCUACCUGACGUCCACCUUGGUCCACCUCGGGGAGUAUCAGGCAGCUGUAGACAGCAGCCGCAAGGCCAGCUGCACCUGCACGUGGAAGGAGGUGUGCUUUGCCUGUGUGGAUGGGCUGGAGUUCCGCCUCGCACAGGUGUGUGGCCUUCACAUUGUCAUCCAUGCAGAGGAGCUUGAAGAGCUGAUUUGCUAUUACCAGGUGACCAGAUGGCCUCUGCUGGUGAUGCAGGAUGCCAUGCAGCACGCCGCAGAGUCGCGGGAUGCCGAGCUGGCCGAGCAGCUGCUGCAGUGGUUCCUGGAGGAAGGCAGGCAGGAGUGCUUUGCAGCCUCACUCUUCACCUGCUACGACCUGCUCCACCCGGACGUGGUGCUUGAACUGGCCUGGAGACACAACCUCAUAGACUUCACCAUGCCCUACUUCAUCCAGGUGAUGAGGGAGUACCUGAGCAAGGUGGACAAACUGGAUGCCUCGGAGAGUCUGCGUAAGCAAGAGGCACAUGUGGCAGAGCCCGCCCCUCUCAUGUUUG